AUGAAGAUCUGGAAGCCCAGAGGAGAAAACCACCUAAUGUCCGUGGCCUGCCUCCAGCCCAGCCAGCGGAACUUCAUCGAGCUGCUGGCGACCUGCGGUUACAAGGACUUGACCCUGCAUUUGGAGUCAUUUACGCAGUGGGUUUGGGAGAAGAGCGAUUUGUCAUGCUGGGCGCCAGUUCUUAACCGCUUUGACGACAUUUUCAGCUGCUACCUGGAUGCAUACAGGGGCUAUGUCAAGGGACAGCAUGAUUCCGUCUCUGAUUUCUACAACGAUGGGAUGAUACGGCUGGUCUGUAACGCGCUGAAGGCCUCUGUGAUGAUCGUUGAGAACUGCACGUCGAAGUGCAUAUACAACUCCCUGGAGCUGCUGACCUCGUUUUUGGACGAUGUGCACCCGGAGAUUGUCUUCCAGGCCACGAAGCUAAUAUGUGUCUACUUUAGCCGGUAUCGCAAAAAUGCGAUUCCCAAGGCUACGUGGGAAGUCUCGGUUCGCAUGGGCGUCCUAUCGCAAACACCACUGGCGGAUUCUACGUGCCGCGUCCACAUGGCUAAGCAGCCCACUCCAGCUCAAUCAUCGCAGAAGGAGAGCUCUGACUCUGCCGAGUCUGAAACCCCCGUCAAUGUGUCAUUUACCGACGUUAUGGAAUUCUACGCAAGCAAAAGCGAGAAUUUUUUGACGGUGGAUUCGUAUAUCGAAAUCGCGCAAGGUGUUGGUGGAUCCGGCUCAUCCACGCUGAGCAUUCCGGUUACUGAUAUUCUGAAUGUGCAGCGCUACGUGGGCGCGGCCGAGGCUGCCGAGUAUCCGAAAACUACGGAGGGCAACAAAAUGUUUGCAGCGGCGGUGUCGGCCUGGAAGGGCUCUCUUGCCUCGGAACUGGAUAUUUACAAACAUGUGGUGGCGUCGUUGAGGCAACUCAUAAGGAAGUAUAAGAUAGAGGAGUGUUACUUUGUGGAGCUGAAAUACAAGGUCUGCAAGGUAUUCGCCCUUCACUUCCCCGCCUGGCAGCGGAAGACGGUAGAGAUUCGCAUAUGCGCUUUGAUCAGCAUGUUGUUUAUGAAGAAUGGUUCAUACGCGGACUUUUUGAAUUGCAACCCCUCUUUCCUUCUGGAGCUAACCCACAUGGUCGAGCGCCAUAGAGAGCUGGAUCGUUCCACGAUGGUGAUCGUCACGGAACUACUGUCUGCCAUGGUUCACGAUGGAAGCCACGCCAAAACUUUGGCAACCUUGCUGGGGUUGAACACAGCGCAUGGCAUUUUUUUCAAGGUACUGCGGCAUUACCUCCGCCACGCGCACGAAAUGGUUCCGCUUCCCCCAUUGAUGAGUUUCAAAAGUCCCGCUGAAACAAAGCAAUUUGCAUCCGCUAGUGAGAUGUGGGCUCAUUACCAUCCAAACGAGAAUCAUGCGAUGAAUGAGGACUGCUGCACCAGCGUACAGUUACAGGGUGCCGUCGUCCCCGCAGACGUGUACUUAAAUGAAUGGAAAUAUACCGUUCGUCUGGCAUCGGAGAAGGGUCGCGCCAAAGUCCGGGAUGAAGAGGACUCGAUGCGUAUAUUGCUGCAGUUGCUAAUCGUGUUCUACACGUUUAUUUCCUCUCACGGUUGCAACAAUGCGCUGACAUGCACGUCGGUCCUCGAGGGCGUGGCCCAUUUCGUCAGGAACCGCGACCCUAUUUAUCUGCCCGUUGUUAUAUACGUGGUCCAGGUUAUCGAGACGCUGUUGGACUACAACCAAACUGUGUCUCGCAUACUCAGGAACGACCUCAAGGUUUUUCACAUCUUCAUCUCUCGUAUGCAGUUUGACAUGUACCAGAUUAAGCAUGGCGCGCCUUUUGAAAACUGGGAGGCGGAGUCCACCCCUUGGCCGAACGGGUGGAAGAUGCCUCAAACGAAUGACUUGGUGACUCUUCGAAGCUACUGGAUGUCCAUGUCUGACAUGAGCGCGCGGCGCUUUUUGCUUAAGACGCUGAUCCACCACAUUGACGCGGCCUCCCGUCCCAUGGUUGAUAGGAAUGAUACAUUGGUUUAUGACGUGUUUUCUGAUGAAGGUGCUGUGGUUCCAAUGCUACAUGCGGUGUUCACUCAACCGCAGACGUACGGCCUGGGCGUUUACAGCUCGGCUAUAAACCUUAUAUCCGAUGCACUGAACGAAGACCCCUUGUUGCAAGAGGACUUGCACACCGUGGGCAUAAUGCCGGCCCUGUUGAGCUCCAUAUGCGAAGAGAACCUGAAGUCGGAGGACUGCUUAAAUGUAGUGCCGAACAUUAUCUGUGAUGUGUUGUCGCAUCGUAGUGGCCGCGAUUACAUGAAAAAGGUCCAAUACGCUCCGGUUUUGAAGUUGAUUGACAUCGUAACGCAAAGGGAUUUCGUGCUAUUCGACCGCUUCGGCGAGGUUGCUACUACCAUCGGGAUGUCUUUGGACAACCUUGCGCAGAAAAAGGAUUCCCUUAAUGUGGUGAUCGUCGACCGCUUCAUCAAGGCCAUGUACGUGCUGUUACAAGAGGCAUUGAAUUUUCCACCUUUCAAUCCGAAGGAUUCGGCGCAAUGCGCCAAGGAGUUAGACACAUAUAUGAACGAAUUUCGCACCCACCCGGCAGAAAUAACGGUUGACAUGUUGGCUUCCUUGGAUAAUCUGGCAAGUCACGACUUUAUCGCGGACAGGAUAGCUCAUUUGGGAAAAUGCCUGUCUUCCUUCCUACGUUCUCGUCAGGCGCUGUCCCUCUUUGUGUCGUGCGAUGGUUUGAAAUUGCUGUAUCAGCUGUGCACGUUACCCUGCUUGCCACCCAUGUCGACAACGAUAUACUCGCGACAUCCGAUAACACUGCUGUUGAAGUACAUUCUGUCCCACGCGCCAGCGCCAUGCAUCUCGUAUCUGUAUGGUUUAUGCAGACCAUAUAGCACGCAGCACCCCAAUCUCGACAUCCCCCGGACGGAUGAGGAGGUCAUGUUCAACCUGAAAUAUUUGGGGAGUUUCCAUGCGAUUACCGAGACCAUUUAUUUUACCCACCUCGAGGGUAACAACAUGUAUGAGACCUGUUGCAGCGGACGGUUUCAGAUGGGUGCCUCAACAAUCUCACGUUGCGACCUGCACAUGACCGUGAGCGCGCAUCUCAGAAAACUCAUAACCGUAUUUCCACACUUGAUGAGGACGUUCUGCGUCAGUACUAACGUAGGCGAUGUAGAUACGCUCUCCAUCUUGGACGGGAAACAUAAGUCUCACGGACAUCCUCAGGUUAGGGCUUACAAGAUGUUUAACCGUGAUAAGAAGAUCGCGCAGACCUCUGAGAAUUCAUUUUCAUCGAAUGAUCUGUUUUGGCACAGCCAGUUUGCGUAUGCCUACAGCAAUCACAAUCCGGCAUACAAUGGCAGUCCCUCUCCCUAUCUCUCCGAUGACAAAUUCAAGAUGUACGUCGAGGUGUGCCGCCUUUCUCUAGCUACGUGUAAGGGGCUGUUGUACGGAAUGAAUCGGAUAAUCAACAAGGCGAUCACAACAUCGAAUGCCGACAACACGUGUUUACGGAAUUCCAUUGCUCACCAUACGCUAGCGUUGACACUGCUGUGCCUCAAGAUGCUGAGUAACACUCCUUCGCCCCACGUUACUUCUGGCUCGGGUUUGGUGUUGGAUGGCAUGGAUUGUCUGAGCACUGCGCGUUACGUUUCGGAGAGUGUGGAGGUGGCUUGCAAGUUGUUGGCGGACGACCGCGAAAUGGGUGGUAUUUACAUCCUUCCUUUCGUGGUAUUUUGUGAAAUGAAUGGCAUGGCGUACUUAAAUGACGUUUUCAAUUACCUGAUGACAAUGUACCUGGGUUGCGCAUUGGCUUUUGCCCUACGCGUGCAUAAGGAAUUGACCGUUGAUGAGGUGCUGAGUACAAAUUACACCGGAGAUAGGUCACGCCUGUUGGCGGUUGUUGACCUAGUGGAGUCCUUCGAUCUGAGAAAGAUAAAGGACACCAUGGAACUGUGGGGACGAUCAGUUCAACAAUGUCUGAGUUUAUUUUACAACAUAGGCAACUCCAAGGCAAUACUUAACACGAAGAAUGUCGCUGCAAUUUGGCAAUUCAUGGCCUCACCAGCGUUUGGAAACGUCAUUGGUCGUGAUCGAAAGAUUUCAGAGUUGAUAACCGCGGCUGUGACUACGGCUGGGUCGCUGUGUUGGGAAUGGUUACAGAUUAUUGCUUCCGUGCGGUCGAACGCACCCAGUAACACCACGGCCAGCUUGUACUUCUACAUUUCUUCCACAGUAUUAUCUCCACUUUUGGAGGUGCAGCUAUCUAUGUUGGGAUUCUUGGCGAAGGCGCGUCAGGAGCUCUUAAAAAAGCAUCUGGAUCCAAAGAAGCCGUCCAAAGACGAUGAACAACAUGAAACGGACGCUGCUGGUGAUGCAACACCGUUAAAUCAGCCUAGCGCAGGCAGCGGUAGUCAUGUUCAACAGACGCCAAUCUCUGGCGAAGCCGGUGGUGAUGAUUCGCGCGGGCACACCUCUGAUGCGUCUCGUUCGAUUUUACUUGAAAUGGGUUUCAGUGAAUCCGACAUUGAGCGAGCAAUAGCCGAAUCUGGCCGCAACGAUAUCACUUCGAUUGCCGACUGGUUAGUAAAUCGUGCGAAUGAUGAGCCUCAGGGCGCUAGUGCGACGGAUGGGAACGCUAUGACGGUUGAUACUAGCAGCGAUUUGCCUUCAGGUGGUGAAAAUCUCACUGGCUAUCGUCUGGCGGUUAAAAACCUGCCGAUUUUCAAUUGUUUUGACUCCACGGCUACCCCUGAUAAUGAUCCGUGGAUUUUUGAUCCUAUAGAGAAGUAUCCUACGUUCACUGCACCCGAUCCCGCACAAGUUAGGAAACUUAUGGCUAAUAGCUUCCUGGAUACCCUACUGUAUCUGAGCACUAAGAUGCCUUCUUCACUGCGUACGAUCGCUGAGUGCAUCAUUCGCUCGUUGUCGGCUCCAUUGGCUUUCAUGGUUGGUGGCAAGUAUGCUCCCUCCCCUCGCGAAUAUACCAAGGGCACCAUCUGGCUGCUGUUACAAAGUAUCUACGGUUCCCUGAAUGGCAUAUUGGGUUGUCUUAAUGCGGUGAAAUUCCCCAUGGAUAAACGACUAUUUCCUGCCGCGUUCUGUCCCGUGUUCUUUUUUGACGAAUGCACAAAAGAUGCAGCGCUAGAGUGCACGGUAUUGGCCGGCAAACCAAUGGUAGCAGAGGCGUACCACAACGAUCUCGUAUUGGCACACGAACAGUUGCUGGGCAUGUUUUUCGUUUUGGCACAGCUGAUAGAUAGGCGAAGGAAAUUGUGCUCUGCGUAUUUGAGUAGCAUAGAUCGCCCCAUAGACGUGAUGUUGAAUCUAUUGGAAUACUUCCAGAAGUGGCGCUACGAUGCGCACUAUUCUGGCGUAUUGACUUUCGCUGCCAUUGGCAUGAAACCGUCGUUGUCAGGUAUUCCCAUAUCAGUCCCGGAAUGGUGCCUGCGCAACGAGGUUGCUAAAGAUCAGGGAACUUCGAGCAAAGCUAAAGGACAGUACAAGGCGGACUAUGUCAUGAUUACGAAUGGGUUCCUGCGAAAUUACCCAGAGCCGCAAAUGAGCUCCCCCCCUCCGUUCUUCAAGUAUGCACUCGUGGCUAUUGCGGCGUUGUUGAAAACGAACAGUCCACUUGGGUUCUUCGACCUUCUAUCGUCAAUAGCCCUGAGCAAUAAUGUCGAACUGCUGGACACAACCAAAACCCUGACGUUUGUCCCUAAAAGUUCACAGAAGAAAUUGGUUCGCUUGUGUCUGAACAUAUUGGAGUGUUUCCCAUCUUUAUGCGGACAUGUUACGGGCUCCGUAUUAUUCAUACUUCAAGGGCUGACUGAGAUAUACUCCAAUGUGGGCGAAUUCUUGAAUUACAAGCGUCUACCGCCUCAGGAGAACUAUCCCGCUCAUUUCAACAGCAAACUGGAAUUUGACGGUGUGAUUGGAGCUGAUGCGAUCUCGAUUCUGCUUAUGAUCCCUAGAACUGGCUAUUGUAAAGGUAUGAAGGGAAUUGUGUCUAAGAUUCUCCUGAAUUGCAUGGAGAACCCUUAUAUGCUGCGCAACGCCAUUGAGAAACGUGUGACACACCUCUUAACUGCAAAUAGUUGCGAACCUGUUGCGCUGUCCACCCUUGUUGACGAGGUGGCCCCCUUCGCCAAGAAGGACCCCGCCAUGUUGAUGGAAAUUUUGCAGAAACAGUGCGUCUUGACUGUGGAGGAGGAUGACUCGGAUGUCGAUUUGGGCAAAGCUCGUGUUACGUCGCAACAGUCCUCGCGUAUAUCUGAAUUGCUUGAAUCCAACAGGGACUUGCUAUCUCCAGGUGACAUCUCGAUUUUGGAAAACUCAAACAAAGAUCACACGGCGGUGGCGGAUUAUGACGUGCUGUUGUGCAGUUUUUUGCGGAUUCUAGAGGUCCACAUACAGAUACUUGGCAACAUCCAAGGCUUCACACUCCCCCCAGAUGAGUCGGAUGACAAUUCUAAGCCGUUGUAUCCGUUGGCAUUCACGAUGGAUGCUAUCUGUUCCAUAUUGAGCUCCUUCUGUUACAACUUCCCCAUCGUAGCGAACGGUAAUCGGUUGCCCCAGGCUGAGGACGACCUAAUUUACAAGCAAUUGCCUUUGGAGGUAAACGUGAUUGAUGCCAAGGACGGCCAUUUGGUUGUCAUUCAUAUGUUCCGUCGCAUCUUAUCGAUGCUCUGUGCGUUAGCGGCAUCGUCACAAAAGGGGCGCUCCAGCAAGGAGGGCAUCCAGGAUAUUCCUCGCAUGAAUAGGGCCAUAAUGACUGCUAUGAGAGGCUUCUCGAGCGCCAUUGUUUUGAUUUGUUCGACCAGCAUGAAGAUGAACAUAUUGGUGCUGGAGGAGAUCAAGAUGCUGUUGCAAUAUCUGGUGGGCCUCAAAACCAGUGAUUACAGUACCUACCCAUUUUCUCUGGCCUUGUACACGUCGUGCGACAUGCUCCACCAACUGCUCCAACUGCGAUACGGUGAUGGGGAUCUUGCCGAACUUUCGACAGAUUCCGUUUCUCAAAUGAGCAAGUGUUUGGUUAGCAUGUUCCACAAGCUUGAUUUGAACAGAGAUGACAGCAACUUGCUGUGCGGGGUAAUAAUCAGGGCUCUUGUGUCCCUAACCGCGCCGGAGAAGAAUGCUACGUUGGCGGUUGACAGGCAGGAUAAAGUGGGCAACGAUUACAGUUACCAGGGUGAAGAUGACAUGGAGGUGAUUGAGGUAUCGUCGUCUUCCAGCGAACUUGAUGAUAUGGAACUGCAAUCUGAGGAGGACAUCUCCGACUCCGACAGCGAGGAGCUUGAGGAAUAUAUGGAGGACGCUAUGGAUGAGGACGUUGCAACUGAUAGCAGCGGCACCGAGUCUGAUGGGUCAGACGUCUUUUUGGAGGUUGAGUCCCAAUACGACUCCGAAAGUGACGAUGAGAGCAGCGACGAUUCUAGCGACAGUGACGAUAUGGAUACCGAUGAGGGCUCCGUUGGUAACGAUGAUGUCGAUAUGGCAUUGCCUCACCAGGUUGAAGAGACUUACGAGGAGAUUGCUAAUUCGGACAGUGAGAGUAAUUCGAGCAUGGAAGAGGUUGACGAAGAUGAGGAGGAUGACGAUGAUGACGCACCUCGGAUUCGCGUCGUGGGUGAACUUGAUGGGGAGUACCAUGAGGACGCAAUCACCGGCGUCAUGGAGGAGACGCGCCCACAUAUUAACAUGGACGAGGAUCGCCAUGACGAUCUCUCCCCUGAAUACUAUUCUUUUAGCGACGAGGACGAGUUUGAAAACGGUGAUUCUAUGCUGCCAGCAGCUUCCACGUCGGAUGAGCAGGGCAACGAUGUCUCCGUCAGCAUUCCAGACCCCUCUGCCACGGCACCAGUAACUGGAAACAGUGGCAUUCGGAUCCAGAUCGAUUUUGGCGGUCAGGGAGAUGUGAAUUAUACGGAUUCUAGCCUGCCGCAGUUAAAUGUCGCACAACGUCUUCCCCGUGUGGUGCGUGCUGCACCGGACGCUACUAGUGAUAAUGACAGCAUCACGGAGAGGAAUGAAAAUCCAUCAUCCUCCGACCAGUUGGCGUCUCCUACCGGGGAAGCGACGUUGAAUUUCACAAAGGAGUCAUCAGAGAAGCGCGGAAACUCAAAUAUAGUGUUGAUGAGUAUGAUUGCCAUGGGGCUUCCGCGGAUACAGUUGCCUAAAUCAUCUUCGGCGGGCUCAGCUGAAGCAAGUACAGAGCAUUCAGCACCAAUGCAAUUGAACGACGGUCCAUCUGACGAGAACACGGCUACCGCGUCUCACGCUUCCGACCACAAUGACGCUGUCCAACUGGAUUCAUCACCUCAACCAAAUUCAUCGGAUGCACGCCAAGUGCACACGAACCAACCUUUGGAACAUAUUCCAUCUGACAUACGCAUCAGGCAAAGCGACCUUAUAGCUCUGACUAAUAUGGACCCUUCUGUGCUUGCUGAGUUACCCGAGGAUGUGCGUGAUGAGAUUAUCAUGCAGCACUUACGUGCGUUUGAUAUCGACACGCUUCUUGCCCUCCACCACAACGCGCCGAUGCCGGAGUCAUCACAGUCGGCCUCUACUACUAGAAACGAGGAUCUGCGUAACAUACAAUCUCUUCCGCGUGCGGAAAGUCAACAGGUGAUGCGGUCAGCACACGGCACUUCUUCGUCACGAUCAGAUCCGAACCAGCCAUCACGUGUGCUGAUAGGGGAUAACAACGUGUUGCCUGCCUCGAUGCCUUCAUUGACCAACCAGAUUUUGGCGGGUGCAACGCGGAAUUUAGUCGAGAGUUUAUUGCAGCACGAAUUGGCUGGAAACCGGAUUGGUCGUUAUCGCGUUCAGCGUAUGCGCAACGAACGGCAUAGAGAUGCAGCGGAGCCACCAUCCAACGCUCAGGCUCUGCGGCCAAGUGUUACCGAGAUACCUGUGCGUACACGGACCGGCCCCAAUCAACCGCAACUGCCGGGCCUGACCUUUGGGCUUAUUAUUGGCGAAUUCCGUGACGACGAUAACCCCCGUAUUCGCGCCACUUCUGGCCACCGCAGUCGCCAUACACCAGGGUCACGCAGGAUGGGUCAUACACGUAUCCGACGUCGUGUGGACACAAACGCACGUGGUAUGAACUUUGGCAACUUUAUGAUGCGCGAAGAUCGCGUACCGCGUGUCAUCCGUUCAGCUGUGGGUGAGACUGGCGAUUUGGGAGCACCGACGCAAGGCGCCGCUGAUCGUGCAGGUACCCCAGCUGCUACAUUCGAGCCCAUAGUCAUUCGUGACAGAGGCAGGAGUGGGAUCGAUUCCAGGAUCUUGCAGACCAUCCCUCAACUCUUCAACACGCUCAACCCGCAAGUAUUGAACAUGCUUCACUCGGCAGGACGUUUUCUAAUCUCCACCGCGCCUACGGCUUCCCAACUGCCGGCAUCAUCGUCCGAGCCUCGUGAUCGCAUUAACGUCAAUUCGCUUAGGCAACUUGAACGUGUGAUUGAGUUUUUUGAUGACAAAAUUCCGAUUUCACUUUGUGCACAACGCGAAGAACCGUCUGGGGCUGUGGUUAAGCAACUGCUCGAUACGUGUGGGGGUGUUAGGUACGGUUUUGUAGAGUCGGACAUCGUGGGCAUAUGUAGGUUGAUAUACCUAAAAUACGAGCUAAACAGAAGGGUGUACUUCAAGAUAUUCCGCAAUUUGAUUCUUAUGAACGAGCAAAUCGGUCAUACUCUGCUGAGAUGUUUCUUGCACAUCAUGCAUACAUCAAUUUUGGGAUUAAGCAACAGUUCCGUGCCGAACGUAAAGACCGACAAGUUCUUCCACGGCUUGCCGCGUUUAUGCAAUUCUAGAAGAAAUGACUUCCCUCCUGCCCAUUUGUAUGGCAAGCUGCCAUAUAGGCACGUAUCUCUUGAUGGCCGUGUGGAUGCAGACAAUCAAUGUGAUUCGUUCAUCAUAACUGCGCUAUCGCAGGAGUACAGUAUGGAAUGCAUAAAUAUGAGCGUUGGAUAUUCUAGUUACGUUUCUUGUGAACGUGUGCUGGAGCAGUUACGCAGCCUGCUGAUUGCCUUGCCUGGCGCCAUACAAUUAUUCGGACUCCCAAUCGCAGCGCCGGCUUCUGAAGAGGGUUCUUCGCGUUCCGAUUCUCGCAACAAGCGCACGAAGGUCUCGGGUGCUAAGUCCGAGAAGCGAUCGGCUCAUCGCCAUCUGUAUCCCAUAGGGUUCCUCUUCAUGGCGACGGCAACGAAGUUGUUCCAGUCGUCACCGAAGCUGAUGAACCACCUUAUGAUGGUGAUACAGCACCUAGUGGUGAGUCCCAAGACGUUAGACGCCCACGGCGCUUUGGUGGCCCCCGUUUCAAUUGAUGACCCUCCCACCACAAGCCCUGCCGUUGUUGCUACACCUCCUGAGAAUUCGGAAUCUGUCGAAGUGGCGGCUGGUAACGACGAGGGUGUUGCUGCUCGUGAAGACGACGCGACGAAUGCUUCUGGCGAAUCAUCCCAGGCUUCGAAUUCGUCUAGCAGCCAUCAUGAUAGCAUAUUGCGUGUCAAGCAGGAUAUCCUCAACAAAUUGGACAAAGAUGCUGUCAACGUAUUUUUGGAAGUCCAUACGUCGUGGCGUCACCAGAGCCACUGGUUGCUGUGUUGCACCACCACUCGGGAUGGUUCUUCCAGUGUUCAUCUGCAGCUUGUGGCCACGAUUAUGUCUGCGCUGCUGUUGAGUGAGAGGCAUGCGUCCAACGUGCAGGAAUUCCUUGUCGCAAGGUUGAAUGAACUAAUCGGUGUGUUGUGUAGAUCGUUGCUCGACAACCAAACACAAAAAACUGGGCGCGUGGCGGAAGGCGCCUCCACACCCGCGUUGCAGCGCCUAAUCUCUACCAUGAUGCGCAUCGUGACUUUCGUCAAAGAGACGUUUACGGAAGUUCACAGGUCUGGCACGUCUGUGACCCCAGAUAAAGGGAGGAAACCGAAAAGAAUUGUCGAUUUUUACAGCAAUGUGAACUUCGAUGAACUUUGGCGUGCUGUUGAUUCUACGUUGACCGGCCUCGCCAAGGCGCCGAAGCCGCAUACUAAGGUCGACCCUAAGGAAGCCCGCUCAACGCAGUUGUCAAGCAGCGGCGACGGUUUGCUGGAUAAUUCGCGUCAUUCCGAGCAGCUGUUGACGUUGGUGCCCAUCAUUGGUGCGUUUAUGGACAUCACCCAAAUUCGUGUGGCCUUGGACUAUAUGCUGGAUGACGUUUCCGAGCUGAAUAACACCAUGUCGUUCGUCAACUUCGAUUACGAUCUUCCGGAUGGUAACUUGGAUUUCAUCGCCGUAUCUCGUCAGAAGCGUCCUCCCAAGAAAGAACCCUGGGACUGCGAUGAGAACAGUGUUGAGAUGUCUCCGAACCAUCUGAGUUUGAUUUACUUCGCGGAGAAACAUUGUCGCGUGCUAAACUGCUUGAUAAAACGUAUCCCGUCGCUGCUGUAUAGUAGUUUCGCUCCCCUUCUUCGUCUUGCCCCUAACUGCUUGAACUUCGACAUCAAGCGCAACUACUUCCGGCAGAAAUUGAAGGAAGUUCGGCAGGGAUUGCACCUAAAUACACUGAGGAUAAAUGUACGGCGCGAGCACGUCUUUAUGGACUCUUAUCACCAGCUGCGCCUGCGUAGCGGCGACGACAUGAAGGGCAAACUUGUUGUUACGUUUUCCGGCGAGGAGGGUGUCGACGCCGGCGGCUUAACCCGCGAGUGGUUCAGCAUGCUGGCCAAGGAAAUGUUCAACCCUAAUUAUGGUCUGUUCUGCCGCGAGGGUCGCAAGCAGGAGUUCAACCACCCCAACCCCCUGAGUGGCAUCAACCCCGAUCACUUGAACUUCUUCAAGUUCAUCGGCCGAGUGAUCGGCAAGGCCUUACACGACAGCCAACAUAUUGACGCCUACUUCUGCCGGUCGUUUUACAAGCACAUGCUGAACCGCAAGAUAACCCCUGUCGAUGCGGAGUCCGUGGACCCACAAUUUUACCAGAACCUCACCUCCAUCAACAACUGCCGCCUCGAGGACCUCGGCCUCGAGUUGUUCUUCUCCACGGAGAUUGAUGAGUUUGGCAAGGUCAAGGUGAUCGACCUGAUCCCGGACGGACGCAACAUCCCAGUCACCGACGAUAACAAGCAGAAGUACAUCGAAUUGUUAUGCCGUCACAAGGUGACCAACGGCAUAAAGGACCAGCUCGACGCUUUUAUGUCGGGUUUCCGCGAACUGAUAUCGCCUGACUUGAUUUCCAUUUUCGACCACAAGGAACUCGAGUUGCUGAUUAGCGGGACCCCGUCUAUCGACCUGGCGAACUUGCGGGAGAAUGUGGAAUACCGGAACUACACGAAGGACAGCGAACAGAUCAUAUGGCUCUGGGAGUUUUUGGAGGACCUCGACCAAAGCAAUUUGGCCGCCUUUUUGCAGUUCGUCACCGGCACCAGCCGCGUGCCAAUCGGUGGUUUCAAGAACCUCAUGGGUAUGCGCGGGCCGCAGCGCAUAACAAUCCAUCGCGCGUGUAACAGCGAGCACCUCCCGUCGGCGCACACGUGCUUCAACCAGCUGAACCUUCCGGCCUACUCCAGUCGCGAGACGCUGAAGCAGAAAAUGCUGCAGGCCAUUUUGGAGGGCAAGGAGGGCUGGCUCGGCACGCUGACCUUUUUGCGGUCCAGUUCCCAGCACUGUGGUUCCACCUCUCCUGCGUGUCAGACUACGCGUGGUAUGCAUAUUUGCGGUGCCCGCAGGCCUCCUUUAUUGUGGGAUCAGACCACAGUCCAGCGUCGCGCAGGGGUACACCUGGUUGCUCAUUCUGGGGAUGUAGUCGUACAUGUUGUUGGAUUGCAUCUGCAUCGCGUGCAGGUUGUUAUCCACGUGGUUGGGCUGCAUUCCCAUAACACACUUCCUUUGCUUGUACGGAACCAUGCCAUUCAUGUACUGUUCGGGAUUGGACUUGUUCAGCGCCACGAGGUGGUCCACCUUGCGCUUGAUUUGGUUCAUGUUGUUCCUGUGCUCGAGGUAGUAGCGCCUUUCGUCAUCGUUCGUCGUGUUGUAGUACGGCGCCCCGUACAUCGAGUUCGGUAUGCGCCGCAUUUUGGGGCUCCGGGAUACGGUAGUUCUGGGGGAGUACCCGUCGUAGUACUGCACCCCUUGCGCCACGCCGUUCUUCCCCAUCUUGUUCCUCACCUUCCCGUAUAUUUUGUGUAUGGCUAUCGCCUGGUCGAAGACGUCGAGCUCGUGUGCAAGCUCCCAGAGCAUCGAGACCUUGAAGAAGGGAAGGUUGCUGAUGGUGGUCGGCGGAUCCAUUUUUUCGAAGAUGUGCUUAAACUUUUUGUUGGUUUUGUAAACGUUCCUGAGAAGCUGCAGCAUCGCCUUUCUACCCUGCGAGCCGAGCUGGAGGCAGAACCCGGGUUUCCACUUGUACUUGUCCCCCUCCUCCCCAUCUUCAGUGUUCACGUCUUCUUCGCUCUGCUGCCGCUUGUUUGGCGGCGUGUUGUCGUUUCCAACCGGCGUGUGCUUCGUAUCCGCUUGAGUUGA